AUGUCUGAAGUGAUGUCUACUCUUUUAGGACAACGGAUGCGAUUCCACGCCUACGACCAAAACCCAUCCAAAAUUGUGAGACAAUCGCCUCAAGACUUAUCGCCAACUUUUGAUUCAAUUGGUCUGAAGAACACUGUUUGCGAUGCCAUCCAAUCCAUGGAUAUAACGGAACCGACGGCUAUACAAAAGGCUACCAUUCCGUCGAUAUUGGACUAUAAGAACGUCAUCUGUUCCGCAGAGACCGGAAGCGGCAAAACAAUCGCAUAUUUGGCGCCAAUUAUUCAACUGAUCCGCGAGUUUAAAGAGCAGAAGUUGGAGCAAACGAGUGGACACUUACCCAAAGGACUGGUUGUCGUGCCGUCCCGUGAAUUGGCCGAACAGGUGGGACGAGUGGCUCAACAUUUGGGCACUUAUUGCGGGAUAGGAGUGGCCGUUAUGAUGGGUGGACCUCCCAAACACAUAUCACACACCGGAAUGGACUUAAUUGUCUCCACAAUUGGUUUGAUUCAACCGUUGAUACAAAAACGUAAUGAAAUUUAUAACCAUAACUAUAAUAUAAAUAAUUGUCAUAUUCUUAUUGAAAACAAAUUACCGUAA